CAGCGCGUAUUGACUAAACUUUUCAAGCGCUGGCGAUUAGCUUGCUGCGUUUUCAUUAAUAAAUGUGUGGCCAAUCUGGAUUGAUAGCAGUGAAUCAAAUUUCAAAAUAUUGUUUUUCUACCGAAGCACAUGAUGGACGACUUGAAAGACAAAAGCAUUCAUUUGACAGCGCAGAUGAUCUCCGAGGAAAUUCGCCAAAUGCCAAUGUACAGGGGCUUCUACAACGAAGUGCAAAAGCUCGUAUCGUCGUCUUGCGUUUCAAAUUCAAAUUUCCGUCCGAGUCUGCUGAAUGCGAUGCGACAAACAGGGCUGGAGGUCGAGUUGCGAAAUACGGUUUUCCACUGGCUCAGGGCACACCCUGGUCCGCAAGGCCGGGCAUCGUCUGGGGCAGUUAUUGGAUCUAAAGAACCAAUCCUGUUUUUAAAGAAGGCGCAGGCCCAAUGGGAAAAGAGAAUACAGAAAUCACUAACAUCGAUGUGUACAGAACUGAAUCAAGUCCUUUCAAAGUGUCGGGCAGGCUCUGACAAAGAUGAGAUGACAGAAAAAUGGACUGAACUCAGCACCUAUGACAUAGAUUUGAGUCAGUACCGUCCUGUGUACGCACCUAAAGAUUUUCUGGAUGUUCUUCUCUGGAUUAGAAGUCCAAACCACAGAAGCCUCGAUGGAGAAGGCAGCUGGGAUUUCAGCCAGAUUCCGUUGAAAGUGAAAACUCUGAGUGAACUAAAAAGUCUCUUCCAAGAAAUAGCCCGUGGAGAGCCUCUUUUGGGCGUAAAUCCAAAUAUGCCGGCCCAAAACAAUUUGUACCAGAAUUUAGAGGCUGAGAGAAUUGCACUAGGUGAAAAAGUAAUUGCAGGCAAUCAUGCUCCUGUGGCCCAGGAAUUCCUCAAACGAGGCUGUCCGAAAUGCUUGCGAGGUAAAAUUUGGGCACAGGUACUUGGAUCGCAAGUAAAAGAGGAGCACGUGGAGCACUUUGAAGAGCUGAAGCUAUUCGUUUUGCAGUAUGACAUGAUCGUUGACAAACUUCUGAUAAAGGAUGUGCAGCUGACUGCUUCGAAUGAUGAUCAAUAUUUCGUAUUUGAAGACGUCUUAUACCAAAUUAUGUUAUGCUUUUCUCGAGACACAGAGGUCUUAAAAAUUUUCAACAAUAGCUCAAGCACGCCAGUAACUGGUUUACUGAAAGGAAAAAAUCCUUCUUUCGAGAACUCCAUUGUCUUUCCUCCCAGUGGAGUUAUUCCUUUUCACGGGUUCAGCAUGUACGCCACUCCAUUUUGCUACAUGUACGAUGAACCAAUCAACCUGUACUUCACGUUUAGAGCCUUUUACAUGCGGUAUUGGUUCAGACUUCAUGAAGUGUCGUCACACGAACAAGGAAUUCUGUCGCUUUGCCUGCUUUUUGAAAGAUUGCUCCAACGUCAUGAGCCAACGCUCUGGACGCAUUUCAAACAAAUCAAUAUUCAGCCGGUUAAAGUGGUUUUCAAAUGGCUAAUGCGUGGUUUUUCUGGACACCUCCCACCGGAUCAACUGUUGGAUUUAUGGGACGUAGUUUUAGGCUACGAUUCUCUAGAAAUAUUUCCAAUCCUGGCAGUUGCCAUUCUGAGCUUCAGAAAGGAAAAUAUUUUGGACGUAGACACGCUUCAAAAUAUAGAGGCAGUCUUAGCGGAUUUGUCUUCUCUAUCUGUGGUUGCAUUGCUUCAAUUAUCACUCAUGAAAGACAGUAUAUAAAAUUUGUCUGAGACUUUUACGCCGUAAUGAUUAUGCAACUUGCUUUACACCAACCUCGUUUCUGUCGCUCCCGACACGUGCUGCCAGCUGGAGGUCAGGGUUUUAAUCUUCUCAGGCAGAAAAUACGUUCGAACUCAUAUCUCCCUUGCAGUUUUUUUCAACUAUUAAUUAUAUAGUUAUUUCCUAGAAUUUUAAGUUCCACGUACUUGAAUGAAAAUUUAGAGAUCUCGAGAAAAGUUACUAAAAA